CGCGUUCUAGUUUGUCGCGUCGCGUUGCUGGCUGCGUAGAUGGGGUGAGGCGACAAACUCGGACUCCAAAUCAGACAUUGUGCGGGCCACGUCGUGAUGGUUUGAGGGUAAAACAAAGCUCAGGGUGGGCUAAAGUAUGAUCAGUAACCCUCUCGCUUUAAGCUCCCUCCACUGAGACUAUGAGGCAAGCAGUAACCGCCACUCUGUCUGUGUGGGGUGAGAGGCGUUUCGGAUACUCCACCCUCAAGGACUCCAGCGAGUCACUGCUGGACGAGCGCAAGCUGAGGCCUGGACUGAAAGAGGACUCUGUCAUUGAAGAGAAAGAGCGGGCCGAGAAUGAGCAGGAGCAGCUGGAGGCUGUGCUGGGACUUCCAUCCUCUCCUAUGGAGGACACCCACCAAACAGGCAGCACGGAGCCCUCAGACCCCACGCAAGACUGCAAGAAGGGUGGUGGAAUGGAAGCGUCACUAGUGUGUGGUGGGAGGAAGGGUUCACUUGGUGCUUUGCCCAUGCAGCGCUGCAGUUCUCUGGGCACCACGGCCCCACAGUGGGUCCCCGAUUCUCAGGCACCAGCAUGCAUGAAAUGUGGAUCCAAAUUCUCCUUCACCAAAAGACGUCAUCACUGCAGAGCGUGUGGGAAGGUGUUUUGUGUGGUGUGCUGUGACAUCAGAUUCAAACUGACUCAUCUCGGUGGGAAAGAGGGACGUGUCUGUGUCACCUGUCAUUCAACUUUGAUGAACCGGGCGCUUCGCAAGGACCAGAAGAAGGUCUGGUUUGCAGAUAAUCUACUUCCUCAGUCUGAGAGUAGAAGUGCCAGCAGCUCUCCUAUUUACAGGAGUGUGUCCCACACAGAGAGGGCUGAGCUCGCUCAGGCGGACGUAUCUGACCUUAGAGCUGGAGAUGAAGUUAGUGGCAACUCUACAAAACCCACUCCUCCAAAGGACCUUCCCCCUAUUCUGACAUCAACAGGGGUCAAAGGAGAUUACACUCUGGAGGAGAAGAGAACGGAGUCGUCGCUCUUAGAGGAGCUGGAGAGAGGUCUUGCAGCGCCUCUGGUGUUUGUGCUGAAUGCAAACCUGCUGGCCGUUGUGAAGAUUGUCAGCUAUGUGAACCGGCGGUGUUGGUGUGUUAUGUCGAAGGGCAUGCAUGCUGUGGGACAGCCAGAGGUGGUCAUUUUACUGCAGUGCUUGCCUGAAGAGAAGAGAUUCCCGACGGAUAUUUUCAAUCAUUUCAUUCAGAUCUACUGGGAUGCCCAGACAGCAGGAAAGCUUCUGAAUCACCUAAGUCACUCUUUGGUAUCCCGAGGGUUUCUGGGUAAUAACGAGCACGCUGGCUUUCUUUACGUGCAUUCAACGUUUCAGUCUCUGGAGGGCCUGCCUUUACCUGCACCGCCCUUCCUGUUCGGGCUCCUCAUGCUCCGUGCAGAGGCUCCAUGGGCCAAAACCUUUCCCCUGAGACUCAUGCUCCGUUUAGGAGCGGAGUACAGAUUCUAUCCCUGUCCCUUGUUCAGUGUGCGCUUCAGAGAGCCUCUCUUCGGACCCGUCAACAACAGUAUAAUGAGACUCUUAGUGGAUUUCCGUUUUUACCGUUACACACUGCCAACAGUGCCGGGGCUCGUGGUUGAUCUAGAGGCUAGAAGCACCUGUAUAAGAAUCCCUAAAACACGUCAUCCAGAGCUGCUGAAGGUGCUGAAUAAGUCUAAUGAGAAAGUGCUGGCCCUGGGCGCCUGCUUUAACGAGCAGGCCGACUCUCAUCUCAUUUGCGUGCAGACGGCAGAUGGACAGUACCAGACGCAGGCCAUCAGCAUUCACAGCCAGCCACGCAGAGUCACUGGCUCGUGUUUUUUUGUGUUCAGUGGAGCACUCAAACCUUCAUCAGGGUACUUGGCCAAGUCCAGCAUUGUGGAAGAUGGUUUGAUGGUGCAGGUAACCAUGGAGACCAUGGCUGACUUACGUCGAUCUCUACGGGACAUGAAGGACUUCACAGUCACCUGUGGAAAACUCCCCCCGGCAGAGAGGCAGGAAUAUGUGCACAUUCAGUGGCAGGACGAAGAGCCGCGCUUCAAUAAAGGCAUCAUCAGCCCCAUCGAUGGCAAGUCUAUGGAGUCUCUCACAAACAUCAAGACCCAUCAGCGCUUAGAAUACAGAGCCAAUGGGAAGCUCAUACGCUGGACAGAGGUGUUUUACUUGCUGAAAGAUCAACAUCCAAAUGCUCUUAAUAACCACACCAGCCAUAACCGUCUGACAGAGCGACUUGCGCGGGCGUUCUGCCUGGCACUGUGUCAGUCUCUCUGUUUGCUGAAGGAGGAUGGCAUGACCAAACUGGCACUGAGGGUCACCCUGGACGGCCAGAAGAUGGAGUUCUUGGCAGGCAGUAACGGGCAGCGCCUUCCAGCUCCGUACCAGGAAUGUCUUAACCAAUCAUUAACGUCCGUGGUGCAGAGUAACUCUCAUUACCAGGGUCUCGCCGCCUGCCAGCUGGAGCUCAUCUUCUAUAUUCUGGAGGACACAUCGUAGAGACGGACCACCCACUGUCACAUGUGCCAACACUCCCAGAAACCUCACGAGCAAAAAACCUUUGAGUUCAGUAUCAUUUGAGAGUGGAAUGUAGUAGCCGUCCCCAUGCGGCAGCUUAUUUUAGUAUUUUAGUCAAUACCCUACUGCUCACUGUGAAAGGGUCUGGGCUUACAACAUCAGAUGACUUACCUAAACUAUUAAUAUCUCUCAGUCAUCACUAGAGGCCGACCGAUGUAUCAUUUUAGCUGAUCAAUCGACACCAGUAACAGCUCUUGGAACUAUUGAAUAAUAGCAAAAAUGAACACUUGUGGAAGCCCAUUUCUGCCUCAGAGUUAUAAAAACAUAAUUCACGCUAUUACUCAUAAUUGCAACCUCAUACCUCGCUAUUGCAAUGAUUUCUAGUAAUUGAUUUCUCGUAAAACUUUAUAUCUCACAAUUUGGACACAAAAUGCGACCGUUUCUCUCAGUUGCACUUCUUGUCUCACUAUAACUUUCUUGUAA